CCGGGCCAUCCCGGAGCGCGCGCAGGGCCGCUGCAGACGUCGCACACCCGCCGAGCUCGCGCUCCCUGCCCUUCCUGCCCGUCCGGCGGCCGCGCAGGCGCCGCCCCGCGCCGGACCCCGCGCCCGACCCCGCGCCCGGCCGCAUCCCCGCCAGCAGGUGAGGGGGCGCUACCUCUCGGCCCCUCGGGCGGAGGGCUUGUCUCCGGAAGCCGGCGCAGGAGUGAAGCGGCAGGAUGGACUGGGGCACGUUGCACACGUUCAUCGGGGGCGUGAACAAGCACUCCACCAGCAUCGGGAAGGUGUGGAUCACCGUCAUCUUCAUCUUCCGCGUCAUGAUCCUGGUGGUGGCCGCCCAGGAGGUGUGGGGCGACGAGCAGGAGGACUUCGUGUGCAACACGCUGCAGCCCGGGUGCAAGAACGUGUGCUACGACCACUUCUUCCCCGUGUCCCACAUCCGGCUGUGGGCGCUGCAGCUCAUCUUCGUGUCCACGCCGGCCCUGCUGGUGGCCAUGCACGUGGCCUACUACAGACACGAGGCGGCGCGCCGCUUCAGGCGCGGGGAGAAGAGGAGCGAGUUCAAGGACUUGGAAGACAUCAAGCGGCAGAAGAUCCGGAUCGAGGGCUCCCUGUGGUGGACGUACACCAGCAGCAUCUUCUUCCGCAUCAUCUUCGAGGCCGCCUUCAUGUACGUCUUCUACUUCUUGUACAACGGGUACCACCUGCCCUGGGUGCUGAAGUGCGGCAUCGACCCCUGCCCCAACCUCGUGGACUGCUUCAUCUCCAGGCCCACGGAGAAGACCGUGUUCACCAUCUUCAUGAUCUCCGCGUCCGUGAUCUGCGUGCUGCUCAACGUGGCCGAGCUGUGCUACCUGCUGCUCAAAGUGUGUUUCAGGCGAUCCAAGCGGGCGCAGGCGCAAAGAGCGCCCCCCAACCAUGCCCUCAAGGAGAGCAAACAGAACGAAAUGAACGAGCUCAUUUCCGAGAGCGGGCAGAACGCCAUCACGGGGUUCCCUAGUUAAACGGCGCCAGGCACCACGUUGCUGACGCAGCGGCACGGACCUGGGGCCUUCCCCG